AUGGGGAAUAUCAAAGAUGUCAAAGUGAUAGUAGUUGGGGCGGGAUUUGGCGGUCUCACCGCAGCCAUCGAAUUGCGUCGCAAAGGGGCUGCUGUAGUGGUUUACGAGAGCACAAAAGCACUCACCGAACAAGGUGACACCAUCCAAAUCCCCUCAAAUGCGACCAAGAGUCUGGCCAAAUGGGGCGAUGUACUACAGAAGGUCGCUGAAGACUCGGCUCGACCGAAAUUCCUCGAGUGCCAGGACUCCCACGGGCACCUCCUCAUCAAACAGGUCUUACCCUCUCACUACGACGACUUUCCCAUCUUGUACCCCAGCCGUGGCAGGGCGCACAAGGUGAUCUAUGACUAUGCGACGUCGAUCGGUAUCAAGGUUCACUUCGGCAUGCGAAUAUCUCACUAUUUCGAAAAUGAGAACGAGGCAGGUGUCUAUGCAGAGAAGAGAAGGGUCACUGCCGACGCCGUCAUCGCAGCAGACGGCGUUCACAGUAAAGCGCGAGCGCUGGUCAACAAGAAUCCUGAGAAUUCGCGGUCGAGUGGCUUUGCCGCAUAUCGGUGCUGGUUCCCAGUGUCAGCAUUGCCAAACAUUCCUCAGCUGCACGACAUCAUAAACGCAACGGAAGAUCGAUAUUGGACGUGGAUAGGCCAUGAUGUCCAUGCUCUCGUCAUGACCAAUGUGAAGCUACAGUGGGUGGCAUGUUUCUGUACGCACAAGGAUACGUACACGGCCGAGGAGUCGUGGAGCUUUCCCGGCCGAAAGGAGGACCUGCUUAAGGUGGUUGACGGCUGGGACGACAAGUUGAGAUCGAUCUUCGAGUCGAUACCGCAAGAGAAGCUGAUCGAUUGGAAAUUGCUGUGGAGGGACCCUGCAUCGUCGUGGGUCUCUGAGCAUGGCCGGAUCGCUCUGGUCGGCGACUCUGCGCAUCCUCAUCUUCCCAGCUCCGGCCAGGGGGCGGCACAAGCUAUCGAAGACGGUGCCACCAUCGGAGCGGUUAUCGACCGCGCGGGCAAGGGUGAUAUCGCUCUUGGUCUGCGUGUAUAUGAGAAGCUUCGCUUCUCGCGCACCAACUUGACACAAAGAAUGGGUUGGGAGCUGCGUCAUCUGUGGCAUCAAACGGACUGGGACGCGGUCAAGAAAGACCCCACGAUUCUCAAGUUCAGGCAACCCUACUGGCUAUUUGGAGGUGACCCCGAAGCGUAUGCAUAUGAAGCCUUCGACGAGGUCGUUGAAUGUCUCAAGCAUGGCCGCGAGUUCUACCCCAAGAAUGUGCCUGAGGGUUAUCGCCAUAAAGAUUGGACAAUGGAGGAUAUGUUGAAGCAGGAUGGCAAGAGUUUUGUGGUAUACGAUUGA